AAAAGGGAACUUACAAAAAAAAAACCCAGCAACAUUGUGAUUUCUUACGCUUCGCGGAUGAUAAUUUACUUUAUAUGUAGACCCAACAUCUAAAAUCGCUGUAAAUUCUAAAACCCAGCACAAUUCAUAACGAAGUUACAGAAAAGCUCCAACAAGUAGGAUGUAAAUCAAAAUCCAUUUGUAUCUUGCAGAAUUUCUACGAACCUUCAAAAGAGCAACGCCAGCAGAUUCAUGUGUGUUUGUUUCGUGCAAAACUCAAAAACCAUGACAUUAUUUGUAAGAUCCUAGUACAUUCGUUUCCAUUUCUAAGUUGUUAGAUGUUACUCCUAGUAGAAUUCACCCCUGUCGGUCGAUCGAUGGAAAGGCCAAAAGAGAAAUAGCUUUCCCGCAACGCGAGCAGUACGUAUAAUAAAACAGGGGAUUGAUUCGCGCUGUCGUCUUUGUUCGGGGGCCGGACCAGAUGAGAUGGGCAGAAUGGCAGAUCCGCACGCAGCGUAUAUCGAACUGCCACCACCUCCCCUUGCCCCGCGCCCGCGACUCCCCACUCUCCUUCCACUGCAGCACCCUGGUGUAGUGUUGGUGGCAUCUCAGCUCCGAUCGUCUGCGACUCCCCUGCUCCACGCCGUCUCCCUGUCCGCUUAAUUUCACUAUGUCCGGAAUGCCAUCUGAUGAUGCAAGUGCUCAAAUGAGGCUUGAAGGAGAAGUUUCUGGCGAAAAGGUAGAAGACACUCAAGAUGAGAAUGAAGGCAGUGGCAUGCCCUCUCCACAAGAGGAGGAGGCAGCAAUCAAGAAAAAAUAUGGAGGAAAAAUGCCCAAAAAAUCGCCACUUAUAUCGAAGGACCAUGAGCGGGCUUUCUUUGAUUCUGCUGAUUGGGCUUUAGGAAAGCAAGGUGGAAGUCCCAACAAGCCUAAAGGGCCCCUUGAAGCUCUUCGACCAAAACUCCAGCCUACUCAACAAAAUGCUCGUGCCCGCCGAUCUUCCUAUGCAUCUGCAGACAAUGAUGAGAGUUUGAGUUUGCCUGCCGAGGAGCUGAUCCAGAAUGAUGAUCCAACUGAAGACAAGAACAAGGAAUAAGUAUAAUGUGCAUCGUGCUUUUUAUAUGGAAAAAUCGCGGUUCUGCUGUCAUGAUACCAAAACUGUGCCUUGUUAAAUAACUAGCACCGGUACUUAUAGCAUGCCUGAGGUUGAGCUCUGCAGUUUUAGCUGCGGUAUAUCUGGCUUCUUCCACAUUCAGCUAUGCCUGAACCAGCUAGGAAUGAACAUUUCAUGAUGGUGGUGUUGUAGUGCCGGAUGUCUAAGAAGAAAAUAAUAACAAUGAAACUUCAGAUCUUAACAACACUUU